CGCUUUCCGAGGGGAGCUCGCAAAACCCCACUCCCACUGCGUCGACCGCCCAGCCCCGCCGCGCCGAUCGCGCCGAACCCUAGCAUCGCCGCCUCCGCCGCCGCAAUCCGGCCGCGCAGCCGCAUUCCCCACCGCGCUUGCUCGCCGGAGGGAAGAAGAGGAGGAUAAGAUUGAGAUGGGCAUUGGCUUAAAGUUAACUCUGUCUAUACACGAGAGUUAACCCUGAUCGAUCUCUCCUCCUCGCCCCACCGUCACGCCGCCCGUGCUCGACCUCUCCUCCUCACCCCGCCGUCACGCCGCCGCCUCUCCUCCUCGCCCCGCCGUCCCUCCGCCGCCUCACACCGCCGUCCCCGAAAUGCAGCCUCGGCGCAGAAAUCCGCACGGCGGCGGCGGCGGCGGCAGGUACGGGGCGAUUGGAACUGCCUCCUUCAAGAGGACCAACCAUAACAAGAGAAGUAAACCUAAUCGGCGCGGCGCCGGCGCGAUUGCUGCUCCCCCUGCCGCACCACAAGCGAUUCCGGAUGAUGUCUUGCAGCUAUUCUUCAAGGACGCCACUACACAAAUGAAGCAGUCAUUGCUUCAGUAUGUCCAGGCAGGACCCCAUACUAUUCUGACCACAGUACCUGGUGAUACAAGAAAAUACAAGAAGCGAUCUGAUCAUGCCAGAUUGGCCACAUCAGCAAAGGUGUCCUGGUAUUAUAAUCUGCACUUUCUGGGAUGGUCUCUUGAGGGUAACGCUAGACAUCAUGAAUUUGGCAUUGACCAUCUAGGUUACCUUAAAGGACACACAACUCUGCUGAAGUUUCUGAAGAAAGUCUCUUUGAAUGGGAGAAGCAAAGACAUGCUGACUUGCGCGAACUGCAUUGAGCAUGCUAUACAUCCUAGUUCGCCAAGUGUGACAUUACCAGAAGACCUUAUGCAGCUGAUCCAUCUCCUGAGGAACUUUGAUCCUAAAUACUAUCCAUUGGUACUGGGUCAUGUGUGCCAUGAGGUUGAAGCUAUUAAGUGUGCAUUAUAUGUGAAGAUGUUCAACAGAUUGAUGGUCCUCAAGAGGGCAAACAUAACAACAUAUUUCAAGAUCAUGAAGGCACUCCCGUACAGCAACGUUUGGAUCAGUGAAGCUUCUAAAAAUGUGCACCUGGCUCAUGUUCUGCACUAUGACGGACGUCAGAUGAGCAAAAAGAUCCAGAAAAUCGUUGUACGAUUCCUUACUACCAGAAUCAAGUAUGACACAGGGGCUGAAGGGUUACUCAAUUUUCGACGGAAUGGUGAAGCACACCUUGAGAAGGAUUAUUCUGUUGACUUUGGAGGUCAUGUCGAAGCGGCUCUGACCGGUGCAAAGGCAGUACUUGAUCUGCAGCCAGGUGUUGCGGCAGGACCUCCAAAUCCUAUCGUUAGAAAACUGGCCUCUCGUAUAGGGUCGGCAGUAGCAGCCGUGCUUCAGAAGUCGUACUCAUCACCUGAAGCAGCAAAACAAGCUGCAAUUGCAGCAGCGACUACAGUAGCGCAAAAUCCCAAUCUAUGUAAGAAAAUUGCACAAAACAGAGCAGCAACAGCAGCAAAAGCUGCAGCAGCAAAGGCAGCAGUUUGGCCUCCAGCAGUCCCCCAAGCACCUCUGAUGUUUGACUCCGACCAAAUUGAGCACAUGUUUGAUGUAUCAACACCUCUAUUACUUGCUCAGUUCCAAAAAGCGAUGUUUGAUGAAUGGCAAGUUUUUCAGCUAGAUGACGGACAAAAGGUUGCCUGCCUCUUAUAGUUUCUGCAAGGUUUCGGUGGAAGUACAGUGUUUGCAAGGUUUCAGUGGAAGUAGUAGUUGGAGACUGAUAAGUAUCUGCAGGGUUUCGGUCGAAGUAGUAGUAGUAAUCUAUUAGGUAAUAUGUCCAGUUUAUGUUGUGUCAAUUGUCAGAUUCAUCUGACGUUUCUUACGCUGCUCUUUCGAUCUGACAUUUGUUACUGAACUGAAUAUUCCAGUUUGUAAGACUGGAGCAUCUCAAUAGUUUCUUUGAUUUUGGAAUAGACUUAACAAAUUUUAUUC